CGACAAUAGACUGACAGCACGACGGCGAUAGUAAAAAUUAGACUCCUUGCUCUAAGUCUCUGCGCUUAUUUGUAUCUAAAUCUUUCAUGGGAUAAUUGUCCCGUGACAAAUUAUUCCCAUGAGAACGCAACGCUGCACUUCUUUACCGAGGUUUCAUAUAGGAUGCUUCUAGAACCUUUCAUGCUGAUGCUAGUGGGAACGUUCAAGACUCCUCCGGUACGCGUGCGUACGUCGGAGUGCAUCAGCGUGCCACAGAGUAGGUGGGCAUCUCAUUGUUCUGCCGACCUUCGCCCGUGUAGCACGUGUUACUUCGUGUAUAAGGUGUUUUUUCAAAUUGUGAGAGUUUCAUUGAUUUUAAAGGUUCGAAUUAUGGACGCGGAGAUAUCCUCCAUGUCAGAUGUUCCCGUGCGAGCUGUACAACGCAAGAGGAAGAGGAAGCGACGUAAAAAAUACGUGAAUAGUUCAAGAAAACGUGGUCGACGCGGAGGUNGUGAAGCGCCGCGAACGAAUGUUGAAAAUGCUGAAGGAGUUGCUUUCCACUCAGGUUGGCACCGCGACCCCCUCAUCGGCGUCAUGUCCCGACAACUCCCCAAUCGUUGACCCGACUCCGUCUGACAAGGAAAACGUCGAGCCCUCACCGAGGUCUCCUCCCUUCAAAGUCCUCGAUACCGAUGACCGUGCCAAGGUUCGCCCGCUUGAGGAUGCUCCGGGCGAAAUCCCGGAGGCCCACAUGCGCCAACAUUCCUCUGGUCAGGGGGGAACUUCCCCGUCGCACGUUCCCGGUGUAUCAACUGUCACGUCCCGCGACCCGCACGACCCGUAGCGCGAAAGUAAUAUUGAUAAUUUUUUUCAAAUCAAAGUAAUUUAAAACGUUUGUUUGAAACCGUGUUUACAGCAUUUGAAGUGUAAGUUGCAGUUAAAGCGGCUAAAAGCUAUAUCUUGCCAAAACUUAUCCAACUAUGUAAUUAUAACGAUAUUAAAACAAUUUAAAUUGUAAACAAAGUCGGCAGUUGAAUAAACGUUGGGGAUCUUGCCAAACAUUUUCAAAACAAAAACCCCGACGCUUUUUCAUCUCCGACAGAUAUAAAUGUAGUUCGUCAAGCGAAUAAUUACCAUUCGAAGAGUUAGUUAUCAUUUUGUCAACCGAAGAAUUUUAUAUCCGUCAGUCUGUCAGUCAAUUGUCAAUAUCGGAAUCGUGUAAGAUUUGAAUAAAUCAUCACAUAUUGUUAAUUCA